UCUGCCACAGAGGAGUGAGGUUGUACAGACACGCAAUGCCUAAUAAUUGUACUCCUGUUGAAUAUGACUUUGAACACAAAAUUCUACCUUCCAUUUACACCGUGGUAUUCAUUAUUGGUCUGGGAGCUAAUGGAUGGGGGAUGAAGUCGAUCUUGCAGAAACAGAAGAAAGUUGGAAACAAUGUGUUUCUUUUAAACAUUGGACUUGCCAAUUUUUUGUUCCUUCCAACACUACCAUUUUUGUCAGCGUACUAUUUUAUGAACAGUAAUUGGAUCUUUGGAGAUGCCUUCUGCAAGAUCACAAGAUUCUGCUUCAACUUGAAUUUAUACGGCAGCAUUGGAUUCCUCACCUGUAUAAGUGUGGACAGGUAUCUGGCUAUUGUCCAUCCACUGAAAGCGAUGGGAAUGAUCACUGUCCGUAACUCUGUAGCUAUUUCAGUCGUGGUUUGGUUGUUGGUGAGUGUUCAAAGUCUUCCAGACAUGCUCUACCUCAAAACAUCUGCAAGCAACACCACCAAUACAAGUGAAACUGCAAAAUGCUACCAUACCACCUCUACAAAGUAUGUCGAGGAUUACUUAAUAUACAGUCUUGGACAGACACUCACUGGGUUUUGCAUCCCGUUCUUUAUCUUACUCGGCUGCUAUGGACAUGUGAUUUUGGUUCUCUGCCAAAGUAAUACCAUUGACAAGGAAGUAAAACAAAGAAGCUUAAAGUUGUUAUUCAUUUUGAUUCUUCUCUUCUCAGUUUGUUACAUCCCAUAUCAUAUUUUUAGGAACCUCAACCUUUAUGCAAGAGGAUUAUUAAAAAAGGAGAAAUGCCCUUCAUGGAAUAAUGGAGUCUUCAGUGCUCAUCAGAUAAGUCGUGGUCUUGUGUGUCUGAAUAGUAUUUUGAACCCCCUGGUUUACCUCCAUAUCAUGGAUAUUUCUACUCAUUUCAAUCAGCUUCUCCGGCGAUCUUGUCAUAUGUUUAAUCGUCUGACUGUAUCAAGAUAUGGCAGUGUGCAGGUGACACAGUCUACACAAGACUAGUUCAUUGUUGACUUUGAUCUCAUCAUUUACUGCUGUGUGUAAGGGCUACACUGUUCAUUUACUGUCCUUAUUUUUUCUAUUUAUUACUUUCUUUUUUAUACUUAUAUUCUAUUAGGGCUACAUAUAUAUUUUUAUUUCUGUGUUUGCCAGGAUCAUGUUGCACUAUGUGGAAAAUGUUUUAAAUAAACUAUGGAUUCAGAGGAAACAGCUCCAUGUGUCUGUGUUAUGACAGGUCUGUGAAAGGAAGCUAAUGUCAACAGAGAAUGACUAAAGCUGUGACUGAGCAAAGAUCAGCAGCCAGUUGCUAAUGACAUUAGAUUUUUGAUGUAAAUAUACUCUUAUCCACAUUAUUCAAAUCCAUCACAACAGCAGCACUUGUACACUGUAAGAUCAGGGCAGAGCACUGGCAGAUUAUUAUCAUGAUUUAGUUUUUAGUGCAAUCAUUAACAAGUUGUGGUUAAUAGUUAAAACACCCACAAGCAGCCCUGGGUCAUUGGUGUAUGAGUGUGUGUAUACAGAUGAAAAGACCUUAAGAGCAUAAACUGCUUUGUGGAUGGGUUAAUGUUAAUGUUUUGCAAAAAGACCGCAUGAGUCCACACAGUGGGUUCUAGUGAAAGAAAAUAACAUAAACCAUAUGAAACACAUUUUUUCUUUAAAACAGAUACAAAACAAAAUAUUUUGACAGUAUAUUUAAUUUAUUCUCUAACAAAACUUUGCUUUUCUGUUCUGAUAUUGCAUGCACAUGUUGCACAGCAGCAAUGCAAAUGCAGUUCUAAUAAAUGUUUAAAGAUGUCAACUGAA